AAGUCAAUCAGAAUUUUUUCCUCUACGUUAUCAAUUUUCUUCAUUCUAAAGAAAAAAUAAAAAUAUCGGUGAAAAUUAAAAUUUUAAUUAAAAAUUAACUUGAAAAAUGUUUGUUCUCUAAUAUUUUACUAAUAAACAAAACUAAAUCUAAUAAACUUUUGCCAUUUUCCAUAAUGAGUAAUGAAAAAAUCGCCGAAGAUAUUGCAAAUUGUGUGCGUAAGAAUGUUCCGUGGCAUUUGCUGCCCGUCCAUCUCAAACAGAUUUUACACAACAAUCAGCGCGACUAUGAGAAGUAUGUUUUCAAUUAUAGUUUAAAAAAUCAAUUAAGAUUUCGCGGUAAUCUGGUGAAUAAGAUAUUUCGCAAAGAGCAACGUUACUAUGAACUGCUGGUCACCAAAUCUAUCAAUACUUUGGGUCUCUUUCCCUAUCAUUUGGCGGAUAUAGUGACAAAAGGUUUGAGAGUGACUCCGUUCAAUUAUUAUUUGGAUGUUUUAUCGCAAUUGCUGAAAAACGAUAAAAGCUAUGAUACUUUACCGAAUUUUACGGCAGCCGAUUGCUUGCGUGUCUUGGGCAUAGGACGCAAUGAGUAUUUGUCCUUGAUAAGUGAUUUAAAGACUCAUACCACACGCGCUUUGCUGUUUACCGCCAAACCCAAUCCUUUGGAAUUUUUGCCGAAAUUUCCCCAACGUAUACGCAUAGAACCCUGGUGGCGUGUGGAGGUGGGUUUUGUUUUGGAAACCGAUAUACGUUUUGUUACGCCCGCGGAACGUUCAUUAAUAGAUGACUUAAUAGAUUUUGGCUCCCAGACGGCGGGUAAAUGUGACUAUCAUGUAGUGCAUAAUCUAUAUCGCAAGGGUUUGAUUUAUUUGGAUGUGCCCAUUUCGGGGGAGGAUAAAAUUUCUAUUCCUCCUCUAAAAAAUUUCGUUAUGAAUCGUGUGAGUGGUGACUACUUUGAGAAUUUACUCUAUAAAAUCUUCGUAAGUGCUGAUGAACACAUGACCAUCUCGGAAUUGGCUCAAAUGUUGCAGCUAGAAUUGGAUUCUGUUAAACAGGCCAUUUCGCUCUUCUGUCGUUUGGGUUUUGCUCAAUUAAAAGAACAGGCUGCUUCUCAGGAUAGUCCUUUAAACUCACAAAAAUAUCAUGAAUCAUGGGAUGAGUUUAAACGUGAACAGGCCUUGGCCAAAGAACAGCCUCAGAUAACACCUUUAAACUAUAACAACUAUGCCACAAAUACAGAAACUGAAGCAGCAAACGACAUCCAACUAAAAGCUAAAGAAAAGCCUAAAGAUCAAGAUUCAUCUUCAAUAGGCUAUUUAUCGUCUGAUGGCAAUACCAGUGAUUUUAGUUUUGCCAAUAUGCCCACACCCUCACCACAACCUACAGCCAAGACUUCACCCCAACAAAAUUCAGAUCCCGAGUUAUCUUCAGAAAUAGAUGAUUUAUCGGAAAGCACCACUAAACCUUCUCUAAAAGAGUUAUUACCGGAAUCUUCUCCCAAGACCGGCAAACGUGUGGGUUUCUUAUUUGAUUCCACCCUUACCGCUUUCCUAAUGAUGGGCAAUCUAUCGCCUGGUUUAAAAAAUCAUGCUGUUACCAUGUUUGAGGUGGGUAAAUUGUGUGAGGAAAGUAUGGACACCUUUCUGGCCGAACUGGAAAAGGUCUCACUUCUUGAUGCUGAGGGUGAAGGUGAUGUUUCACGUUAUUUUGCUCAUGCUGUUAUUUUACGUUCCACAAUUUGUUCUUUGCGCCACCUGUUGCCGGGAGGUUUGGAUCUUUUGCGUUUGGAGUGUUUGGAAUGUCUAGAUCAAAAGACACGUGAUCGGGUGCUGGAAAAGAAAUAUAAAUUUAUUAUUUCAUCAACACCUUUAACUGCCUCUUUGUCACAUUUAUUUACGAUACCAUUCUUCGGACAAUACUAUCGUUCUUCGGAGGCUUCGCAUAUGUGGACAAAGUUGUUUUACAAUCAUAUCACAGGUUAUGGACCACCCUCUUUAUUUCUUUGCCGCGGCACCGUUCUGAAAACUCUGCCGCGCAUAUUCCUCGGCUAUGGUAAACUGCUUGUCAAUAUCUUACAUUCCGAUUCGUAUGUGAUUAAUAGUGAAAAUUUCCGUAAUCUUAAUGAUCAACUUAAAAAUGGUUGUAUACUCUUACAAGGCUAUGGCAUACGUACUCCUGGUGAGUUACGCUAUGAAGCAUUCCCUUUCAAUGCGAAAGAUAAAGAACAAAAUAAAUGGAUCAACCAUAAAGCGGUGCAAAGGCUACAAGAGCAAUUAGAUUUGAAACAUCAUUGUGGCUAUAUAACCUUUGUAAAUACUGGAGUAGCUGAUAUAGGCUGCGAAAACUAUGAAGUGGAAGUUAAACUAAAGCAUCCCAAAAGUAAACUUAAAGCUUUGAGAAAGGAUAAUAGUAUUAAGGAAACAGUGCCAAAUAAAACCAAAAUGGAAAAGGAGAUAACGGAAGAAUUGCCGGAAUUACCAAAAGAUUUAAUGUCUCCUGAUACCACGGAGGUAUGCAGCUUUACCAGACCCGCCAAUACAAUGGCUGCUACAUCUCCAUUACACAACUUAAAAACACCCGAUGAAAACUAUUUUGCCAGCAGUCCUAAAAAUAAUGAGCCUUCAGCGGUUUAUACCUCAGAAGACUGUAACGAACUGUUGGCCUCAGAGUUGGCCAAAUGUAAACCUGAAUUGGUUUCCCAGGGUUCUGUAGAAAUACCCUUAGAUAGAACUUUACCUAAAACAGAAGAAGGUCUAAUCAACGAUUCCGAUGAAGACAUAAGUGAAGAGCAGGCUGAAGAAUGGACUUUAUUGGAUGUUAACUUUGGUGUGCCGCUCUUUGAUGUGGAUUGUAAUACACGUAUCUGUGAACAAAUUGUACGUCAUUUGUGUACGGAGGAGAAUCUUAAGGAAUUGUCACAACAUUCUUCGGCAAUGUCCGAGAAAUUUUAUAAUUUUAUUAAACAAUGUUUGUACUUUGAAGACGAACGUAUGGAGCAAUUGAAAAUAGGUAAAAAUUUACCACAUCCACGUAUUAAUUUGGCAUUUGAAAAUGGUAAAGUUUGCUAUUGGAAUGGUAGAUAAAGGAGAGAUAAAAGAGCAGAUGUUGCAAUAUAACAGAGGGAGCUAGAGAGAGGGAGAAAAAAAGUAUUUUCCAAUAAGAUUAAGAGAAAUAAAAGAGAAGUAAACAAAGUAGAGUAAAGUGAGGUGGAUAAAGAGAGAGCAAAUGCAACUAAGCAUGAGAGAGAGA